UUAUCAUGAUUUACCGGUUCAUAUGUUGGGUUUCUGCUUAUCUAAAGAUGAAAUAUCUAUGUUAAUAGGUGCAACUACUGCACGUGUAAAAAACAUAGGAGUAGAAAUACAUCAUAAGACUGCUGUUUUAACUUUUGAGACACAAAGCAGUAAUACAAAUGUCGGAAAUAAUAAUAUUGGAGUAUAUUUGUGUCACUUAGCAGAGGAUAUUGGUUUAAAAUGUUUUGGUCAAACUGCAGAAAAUAAUUCUAUAGUUGAAAAUAUAUUUUGGGGUAAACAUGGAAGCAGAUUAGAAUCUACAGAAUGGCGUGAUGAAUUAGGUAGUGAAUAUAUAACAAAAAAUUAUGAUCAUAGAUUUCAAUAUUAUUCAAAUACAACACCAUCAGCUAUGAUAAUACAUCAGCUGAUAUAUAUAAUAAUAACAUCUUUAAUGCUCAUGCUUUUGUUGCUCAUCGUAUCAAUGUGA